AUGCUGACUGUGUCAUCAGUAGAAACAUUUCCUGGUCUGAUGUCAGCCAAGUCACUAACCCUGACCUGGACCAUUCUCAGUGGUCAUCUGAGAGACGGGAAGGUUGCUCUCUAUCCAGUAAUCAUUGGUGGCUCAGAUGGUAAAGAAUUUACCUGUAGUGCAGACCUGGCUUUGAUCCUUGGGUGGGGAAGAUGCCCUAGAGUAGGAAAUGGCAACCCAGUCCAGUAUUCUUGCCUGGAAAAUUCCAAGGACAGAGGAGCCAGGUGGGCGAUAGUCCAUGGGAUCGCAAGAGUUGGACACGACUGA